ACACACCAAGCAUUACAGCCAAGCUGAUCAAUGAGCAGAAGGAGGACAAGGAGAAGAAGAACCAUGAGGAGAAGGAGAAGAUGAAAGCAGACAGCGGCUUCCAGGACAACUACAGUGUGGUCGUGGCCUCAGGCUUGAAGUCCCAGUCCAAGCGAGCUCUUUCAACACCCCCCAGACCUCCAUCCAGGAGGGGUCGCGUGAUGAGUGACAAGUUGACUGCUUCGUCCGGAGUGGACCCCUCAGCCAAAACCAUCAGUGUGCCUGUCUUCCACCUCUACCACAAGCUGCUUCCAGGUCAGCCCCUCCCAUCUGAGAUGACUCUGGCCCAGCUCCUGACUCUCCUGUAUGACCGCAAACUUCCACAGGGCUACCAGUCCAUCAACCUGACCGUCAAACUGGGCUCCAAGGUCAUCUCCGACCCAGGCCUCUCAAAAACAGACUCCUUCAAGAGGCUGCGCACGGAGAAAGUGGACCACUGUGACAUGCUGAACAGCUGUCCUGAGGAUGAGCCCAUGACGCCAGGGGACGAAGGUCUGGACGCCGCAACGGACGAGUCUCUGCUAGAGACCAACCCCAUCCAGUCCCCGCUGCAGGUCUUUGCAGGCAUGGGGGGGCUGGCCCUCAUCGCAGAGAGGCUGCCCAUGCUCUACCCUGAUGUCAUUCAGCAGGUGAGUGCCCCCGUAGUGCCCUCCGCUAUGCAGGAGAAGCCCAAGGACAGCGACCAAUUUGAGUGGGUGACCAUCGAGCAGUCGGGCGAGCUGGUGUACGAGGCCCCCGAGUCCAUCGCCGCUGAGCCCCCGCCAAUCAACAAGCAGCAGACUCAGUCAUCUUCCUCAUCCUCAGCCUCAGUGCAGACCAUGUCUCCCAUCCCAGCCCACUCUCUGGCAGCGUUCGGCCUCUUCCUGCGCCUGCCAGGGUACGCAGAGGUGCUGCUGAAGGAGAGGAAGCAUGCCCAGUGCCUGCUGCGCCUGGUGCUGGGGGUCACAGACGACGGAGAGGGCAGUCACAUCCUCCAGUCUCCGUCCGCCAACGUGCUGCCCACGCUGCCGUUCCAUGUGCUGCGGGCGCUGUUCAGCACCACCCCUCUGACCACUGAUGACGGAGUCCUGCUGCGCCGCAUGGCUCUGGAGAUCGGAGCAAUCCACCUCAUCCUGGCCUGUCUGUCAGCCCUCAGCCACCACGCUCCCCGCAACCCCAACGCCAACAGCAGCGUGUCCGAGCCACAGAUGUCCAGUUGUCACGGUGGUGGCACCAGUGAGGAGCAGCAGCUGUACUGGGCUAAAGGGACUGGUUUUGGUACUGGAUCCACAGCCUCAGGCUGGGACGUUGAGCAGGCUCUCACCAAACAGCGGCUGGAAGAGGAACACGUCACCUGUCUGCUGCAGGUGUUAGCAAGCUACAUCAACCCAGCCGGCUCCAGCAGCUGCCACAGUGCGGAGGCGUGCUCCGCAGAGACCCGAGCCUCCAACAGCUCUGCGCUGCCCGCCGUGCUGCAUGAGCUGCUCUGCCAGUCCUGCCUCAUCCCCGCCAUGUCCUCCUACCUGCGCAACGACUCAGGUAGGCUCCAUGAUUUUACUAAUGAAGGCCAAGACACCCAAAGCAAGAGGGAGUAUUUUGACACCAUGUAG